AUGAUCGGUCAUGAAUUACUGCCGUUAAACCACGCACCUUUGUAUGAUCAACCCAAUGACGCAAGCGGCAAGUUUACAGGUUGUUUCGAGCAUUACUUUUCUCAGCUGGAAGCCCGUCGAGUGAGAGGUGGUGUGGGCGAUUUAGGGCGGCAUUCGAGUAUCAAAAUUGGCACUAGAAGGUACGAUCAGAUCUGUUUAACAAGUACGUGGGCUAAAUACCGCAAGUGCAUGCCUUUUCCUGGUAUGCAGCAAAAUAAGCAGACGCUAAUAUAAUUAGCUAAAAUCAAAGAAUGAUGAAUUAAUUUGUAAUCGGAUGUAUUGUACUAGCAGUUCUAUAGCCUGCAUGGCAGGCGGUACGUAGGAAAUACCGCCUGCCGCAAAACUGGGUGUAAAUGAACUACCGCCCCUGAAGCAUCAACGCUAUUUAUAGAUGCAUUAAUUAAGUAAAUAUUCAAAAUUAGCCACUCCCAAGCUGCUCCCAAGUCCCAACUGCCCAACAUAAAAUAAAUUCCUUGAUUCUUAUCACCGCCCGACUGAAUUUUAAAAUCCUCGUGAAAACGUUUUAUUUUAGUUAUACAAUAUAAAUGUACCGUCCGACAAAAUAAUUCAAGACAGUUAAUUUUUUCAUAUUUUAUAUAGAGUUUUUAUUGCCAUUUUAAACUGAGUGAAAUUUCAUUGUAUUUUAAAGAAACCCAGUCAUUCUGUCAUUGUUCGUGGAGAUACGAACUAUUGAUAUAUAAAUUAUAUAAACAUAAAAUAUAAAAAAUAAAUCUCCCACUGUCUUCGACAUUUCAAAGUGUAGACUGUGUCUAGUGAUGAGAAUCAAGGAAUUUAUUUUAUGUGUUAAUAUAAACCAAGCCCGUUUAGCCGUUUAGCUGCCUUAAAACGGUGGUUUAAUAAGCUCAAAAUACAAAGCAUGCAAGUCUAUACUAUAGAUUCAUCAUCAGUCAACAACCAAACUGAAAGUAUUGAACCUUAUAGAACGAUAGUUUUUAUUUGUUUACAACUAUACAUAUUCAACGGGUAUAUAUAAAGAGUUUAACAGUUAUUUGAUAAUUACUGCAUCAACCGGCCCCUUGUUUAUACUUUGGAGGUUCGUAUAUAAUAUCUAUCAAGUAUCUUUCGAGGUAUCUUUGGUUCAGAACAUGACUGAUAGGCCUAUAUGGAAAUCCCACUGUUCGAUUCAGUGAAGAAAUAUCUCCUAAUUUCUAUCGAUAGUUUUAGUAAAAUGUCAACAUUAUUGCGAUUUAUGGCCUUUGAAAGUCAAGCGAGAUAGUAUAUUAUCAAAUUAAUACGCAUGUAAUUGUCUGAACGAAAAUAUAGACUAGCCCAUACCUUUCGCCGAUCAUAACUUCGGCCCCUUCGGACGUAUCUUCUUUGUUAAAUAUUCUUGUUCGAAUCUCUAUCAAAAACACUAUUUAGAGUGUUAUUUUUCAGCUUGUAUCUUUUAAUUUGCUUCUUUUAUUAUGUUAUUCCAUUUCUGGUCUGACUUGACGUGAACUAAUUUCAAAACGCAGAGUUUCAAAACGUCAAAACAUUUGGUUAAUGAUUAACAUUUAACCGAAUUUAGCCGUUGAUUGACAACUACAUAAAAAUACUAACCAAUCCGUUUUUCCCGUUCACCAGCGGACGGGUAAUUCAAAAACCCCUAGUUUUGCGGCAGACGGUAUUUCCUUUGCUUCCCUAAUUUUCGCUGCCCGUAGAAAUACCGCCUGCCAUGCAGGCUAGCAGUUCUAUAGAUCACCACCCAACUCAAUGGAGUGCCAUUAAGCUAGUCUGGUGGCUUCAGCAGCGCAGGCCAGAUUCGGAACUAAUUAAAGUACACCUAUUAAACCUCAAUUCUUCUAACAUCUUAUUCCUACGUACGAACCUUUAAUGAUAUUGUAACAUAUUUUGAAGAUUUUCGUUUGCACGCUUUAUCUCUGAUCGAGUUAUUUUAGUUUUAUUGACAUGCAAAUGUCCGGAAUUUACGCCACAUAUGAAUCUUUGAAUGACUCAUCAAAGAAUGUAAGGUACAGUUAAAUAUCAUGAAAUAAAAAGGCUAACUGAUGGUGUUAAUUUUACAUAAGUAUGUAAUCCUUCCACAACUCCAAACUUCAUUUUAAUGAAUUAAACUCGAUAGUGAAUACGAUGUAAAUUUCAGAUAUUUGCAUGGUACCAAACAAACUGAAAUAUCUCAGAAACAAAGUGAGCAAACGGAAAUCUUCCAAAUAAGUUAUUAUAUCAUUUCAGAAGUUCUUAAGAAUGAGAUGAUAAAAAUAAUUGAGGUUAGGUGCACUUUAAUUAAUUGACGAUUCCCCUUAUUACGUUUUCGUAGCGCUUUGCAUUGUGGUUAUAGUGGUAUCACUAAUAUUCAAGAUGGCUUAUUUUUGUCCUGACCGGUGCAAGAACUUUUAAAAAAAGCUAGGGUCAGGUGCGCGAUCGCCAACAGCAAAAUAUUCGCGAAUGAUUCAAUAUUUUCAUUCGAUGCCGCUAUCAGUUUAUUAGUGAUACCACUAUAACCACAAUGCAAAGCGCUACGAAAACGUAGUAAGGGAAUCUAGAAUUAAUGAAUAAUGUCGAGUGAGAUGCCCUAAUAAUCCUUAUUCAGGUAUUUACCCAUAUACCUUGCCAUGACCAUGGCUGCACGGUUGGAAUGCUUAGAGCUCAACAACUGACCUCUGUAGUUCAGUUGGUUACAAUUACGAUUAACAUUUCUAAUAAUAAUGAUAUAUGAUCAAAUGCGCUUUACUUGAUGUAAUGUACGAGUCAAAUCCAACCGCGAUCAGCACCCCCCCCCCCCGGACAACCCCAGGGCAUUUGACUUAACAUUACCCCCGUAUAGGCGGGAAUUUGACAGCCCGGUCGGGAAUUUGACGGCCCGGUCGGGCAUUUGACCACUUGACAACAACUUGCUCAGCAGUUUUCCCUAAAAAUAUGUGUACAUUCUAGCGCUUUACGAGUUUUCUAUUUUGCGUCUUUUCGAUAGUUUGAAAAUUGCUUCUGAAUCACAAAUAUCAAUCAUAGAUAUAUGAUGCAAUAUGCCCAGUUGAACAAAAAGAAGAACUGUCUGGCCUAUUUUUCGUUCUUUUUAAUCUUGAAAUACUUGUUCAAUUUAAUUUUAGUCAAAAUUCCAGAAACAGGACUACCCCUAUAGCAGGGCAUUUAAACUGUGGUUUCUGCCUGUUCGGGCGGGCAUUUGACCAAUUAUCUUUUCAAAAGUCAAAUUCCCCGGUGGUUGCCCGGGGGGGGGGGAGGCCUGAUCGCGGUUGGAGUUGACUCGUACAUAAAUGUAAGUGUUACACUUACCUACUGUAAUUACUUACUUAGCCUAGACUUACAUGUUUACCUAAACCCCAGCACCCUGUCAACUUUCCUUGCGGGAGGAACUGGAGCACCCGGAGAAAACCCACGACGUUCGGCGGAGUAGUGUUGACUGACUCUUCACUACUGUUGUAAAGAGACACCAACAGGUCGAGUCAUUUCACUAUCUGGUCGAGUCGAGUCAAUAGCUUCUCGCCCCAUCUAAGGUAAUUCAGGAAUCCAGAAUUCAGACAGUGGAAUCCAAACAUCAGGGGAAUCUGGAAUCCUUACCCUGGGCCAAUUUUCUGGCCAAUCCGGAAUCCACAACCGAUUUGGAAUCCGGAAUCCAAGGAGCAGAAUCUGGAAUCCAAAGAGAGGAAUCCGGAAUGCAAGGAGUGGAAUCCAGAAUCCAAGGAGUGUAUGGUUAGUUACAUGGGCCGAGGCUUCACUCGAGACGAGUCCAAGUCGAGUCAUUCAAUGGCUUCACUCGAGUCGACUACGCGAAUUUUACGGUGAACAAUUAAAAAGGUGAACAAAAAUGCCACUGUACAAGUGAAAAGUCUGAAAACGAGAAUUACGUUCAGUAUUUCUUCAAGCCCUUUCGGGACUCUUCCCAACGUAUACAACCACAAUAUUUUUGACGAAUUUAUCCCGGACAACUGGGGUUGUAGCUGAGUUGAUGACUCGAGUCAUUUACGGCAGAAAUCAACAAGUCAAGUCCGAGUCGAGUCAUUUGGGACUGUUGACUCGAGUCGAGUCAUUUGACGUAUUCGACUCGAGUCCAAUCGCAGAAAAUGAAUGACUCGACUCGUUGCAACACGUUCUUUUCACACGAGUCCGUAGCGAGAAUCGAAUCCACAAACCCAGAGGUUAAAGGCACUUGCACUGACGACUAGUUAGAAUGCUGCACUGGAAUCGUCAUUCUAAUAGUUAGAAUGCUGCACUGGAAUCGCUGGACCGCAGGUUUAAUUCCUGCCAGAGCCCAGAGGGCCUAUAUAGAUGCAUUUUUCGCAGCUGCUCUUUCUGAUGAAAUAAUUGAAUGAAUAAACGGACCGCAUUUAAUUUUGUGUGCGAUAUAAUGCGUACUUGUUGGGUAAUUAUUACUUAUAUAAAAUUUAGAAAGAUUUAAAUUUUUCCCUGCAAUACGCAACAGCCUAUAUAAAUUUCGAUCUAUAUUGCUGUUAUCAUACUGUUAUAUAUAUAAACUUUACUUCCACAUCUGCUCUCUGACGUCAUUUCCGGUAACUAAUUUUUCCGCUCAUCGGAUUUAUUGAGAUUCGAGAUUUGAGAACUCGUCAUCAUUUGUGUGGAACUUUUCAUCAUAUUUUAGCGUUAUUGUAAAAUGUAAGUCUUCUCUUUCUUUAAUUAUCCGUACAAGUAACACAGAACACAUUGUAACACGUCAUUUUAUGCUUUACGAAGGUCUAAAGUAACAUUCAAGAUUACUCUUACAUCUGACCCGAAACUGCCUUUCAAAGUGUGAGUAUUGAACUUUAAUUUAUGUUAUUUUUAAGAAAAAUAAUUUAUCGUUGAAUUUUCUUCACACAAUCUUCGUUAUUUUCCCAAAUUUAGACUCAGUGUUCCCGAAGCUACGCCAUUCACACAUGUUUUAAAAUUUGCGGCUGAAGAGGUGAGAAUAGAUUAUGAAAUUAUUUUGGGGGGUAAGAGUGCAUGCACAUGUGUUGUGUAGUAAAUAACUAAAAAAUACAUAUAAAUCCUAAACCAACCUUAAAAGAUUCGAAUUAUUUGUUGGGAUCCGCUAAACUGUACUCCAGCCUUACUUUGUUUAUUUAAUUAUAUAGUUAUUUUCUAUAAGUAUAUAAUAAUGAGAUGAUAUAUAUUUUUUGCUCUCACUGAUUUGUUUGCAAUGACCUGAUUUAAAUUUAUUAGAUGCAUCAUGAUCAUCAUCUGCCAGACUGCUAAGGCCUAAAAAAAUACCUGUGGUUAAGGCCCACUUAGUGAAACAGGCCGGGAAUCGAGAUCUUUUGUAGUUGUUUUUAUAGUAAAAAUUUCUUCAUAUCUAGUUGCCAGGAUGAAAGUUCAAAAAUGCUGCCACAAGCUAUUUUUAGCAACUGUCAAAACUAUGUCAAAACAACAAAAUUGUCCUUUAACAACAGAGAAAUUCAUUCCUCUUACCGGGCUGUCUCUAAGCGGGCCAGCUCGGCUUCCAUAUAUAAAGUAACAGCCCUUAAGUUUACUAAAUUAACCCAUUGAGUCGCAUUGCACCCUGAUGCACCCUACUUUAGUAUUUUACUCUGUCUAACGCCAGACGAUUUUACUCGUCAAGGGAAGAGCGCUGGCGCUUAAUGGGUUAAACUGCAUGCCAAAAUUUUCUUCCCCGAUAAAGGAACACACCUAGGAUGGCAAAUUUGGACUCAGAAGGUGUUCGGCGUGCAUGGCAAGCUUAGCAGUCUGGUCAUUUGGCAAGUUCAUUGGCUAAUGAUUUUUGCCUUAUCGAUAUACAAUCUGAAUUGGUUGAAUUAUCUUGUGUAAAACUGAUUGUUGACAAAGUAUACAGUUUAAAAUGUUGGUACAUGUUGCGUUUCAACGCAUUAUGUUAAAUUAAUGUACCGCGAAGCAUUCCAUUUAUGAACAGUUUUAACUAAAGGUGGUUGUAGUAACAUGUUACUGUACAUUGAAAAUCCUCGUUAAUAAAUCGAAAUGAAUGACAUCACCUUUACUUGGUUGACAGUGUCAUGACAUCAUUAUAAAAUCGGUAUUGGGUAGAUUGUUGCACAAAUAAUGGGUAAUUUCCAAUUGUGGCACAAUUGGUUAAUCACUAUUGUUGGUAUAAUUCUUCUAGACAGUUCAAUCUCUCUAAUACAGGCACUGAAGAGAGCAAGGGGUUAAUUAUGAAAUUUGUCCGAGAUACACAAUAAAGAAACAAGCAUAUUUCUGCUUUACCACUUUUAAGCUUAUUCCUGAUUUUGAAAUCAUCUUAUUUCUAGUAAUUCCUAGUUGAUUUCCUGAUUUUCAACUUGAUUGCUGAGUUCUGUGUAUGAGUUUUUUGCUGUGACCGACCCCUGCAAAAUGGCCAUAUUGGAGUGGUGUUCAUUUUAUGCUAAUAAUAUACACAAGCUGCUUCUCCUUACAGGCAUCUGUCUAAUAUGGACACCUUUAUAUUUUGUUUUAAAAAAAAUUGGGUACUUGGAAAAUACCAUGAGAACCAACACCUGUAUAAAUUGCACUAUUCUUACUACUUGGUCUGGAUAGCUUAUUAGUGUUCCUUGUAGACAAUGUAUUGAUGGUCUGUGUACAGUGUAAAUAACGGCAUUCUUAACUUACUAUACUGUAUAUUUAUAGUUCAAGGUUGCUCCUGCCACAAGUGCAAUUAUUACAAAUGGUAAGUAACACUGCAAGAUCUGUCAUUUACAUCCAGUGAUGAACUUAACAAAAACUUAGAAGGAGGUUCCUUUGGCCACUUGGAAGUUAAGAGCCCAUCUUUGUCAAAGUUUUUCAGUUUUAUAAUAUAUUUUUCAGUUAGUUUGAUACUGUAAUGCCGCAAGUAUGUUGCAUAUAUGACUGCUUUUUCUGUAUCUGCAACAAAAUCAUUUAAUGGAAAUAAGUUUACAUGCAGUUUUAGGGGAAGUGCAGCGGUUUAGCUAACAACCCCAUGGAAAGUUAGGGCUUAGAAAGGCCUAAUGUCAACGACGUGACGUAUGCAUGUAGUGUGCAUACAAUAUGUAUCAGUGUAUUAAUGAAUAAAUGAAUUAUGGCUGACAUACAACUCAUUGAAGUGAAGUGAAAGGCUUUAUUUACUGAGGGUAAACACGUGACAGUAAGAAACUGAUAAACUUGUGGCCCUCAAAAUUUACAAAAUUUAAGAUAUUAGAACACAGUCCAUAUUUAAAGUUAAAGUUAUUAAAACACGACCCUAACGCUGCAACCUAUUUGCAGAUUUUUGAUCAUCUAAAAACUGUUUACAAAUACUGCGCCUAAAACUAAAAGCAGAAUGUAUACAGUACUUCUAACGUUCAAAUCUAAUUUGUUCCAGUCUAUAAUUGUUCUUACAGUGAAGGUUCUGCCUCCUUCUGUUUUACGAUUGUAAAUUGGGCAUAGCAUAUUCAAAUUCGAAUAAUGUGUAUUCCUACUAUUCAAUUUUACCCUUCAUUUAGUACAAUUGCUACAAAGUUUCUUUUGAAACAUUGCAUUAAAAGGGCAAUUGACACAGAGAUGAAUGGCUAUCACUGUUUCAAAUUUUACAAAAAAACUUUCUGUGUAGACCGAAGUGUAGACCCAUGGCCUAUCGAAGGGGAGAUGGCUGUGAAACUCAUUAGAAUAACAAUACAACUCAUUAUCUUUGUUAGUCAACGUGUAUUCAUAAAUAUGGUCCUUCACCGUCACGUGUGUAUUGUAUUUCUGCCAAAUCCACCAAUAGCAAUUUCCAGUUUUCCUAUUGUUCGAGUCACGGAUAGGUGACUUUCCUAAAACAUUGCUAUUGGUUUGUUGGGUAAAAAUACAAUACACACGUAACGAUGAAGGACCAGAUUUAUGAAUAAACGUUGACCAACACAGAUAAUGAGUUAUAUUGUUAUUCUAAUGGGUUUCACAGCCAUCUCCCCUUCGAUAGGCUAUGGUAGACCCUAAGCCACCAAAAAAUGUCAAAUUUUCACCUUGAUCUAUCAUUGAAAAUUUCCCAAGGAGAGGUGCAAAAAUUCUCAGGUGAGGUGCAAAAUGAUCUCGCCCAGGGGAGGUGCGCACCUCCCCUCAAAAUCCUGCCAUGGUGAACAGUAAAUCCAGAGUGGUAAAAAGCACAGACUUUAAAUGCCCAAGCAUGUUUUAGAAUUUACUGCAAUAUGCUUGGCACAAAUUUAUGAAGGAAUGGAAUAAUAUUAUGCAUUGUAUCUGUUUAGAUGGAAUUGGUAUCAACCCAUCACAAAGUGCAGGUAGUUUUACAGUUUUACAUAGAUAUUUGAAUGAAGUCAUUUCAUUAGUACAUUACUAACAAGACGGCACUCAGACUGCAUGCAUACCUUUGCCAGUGAAUUAAGUUAUUCAUCACACAUUUAAAUUAUACAGUGGGGUAAUGGACCAUUUGCAUUAUAGACUAAAUUUUGAUCUAGACAAAAAUUUCAUCACAGCUUGAAAGAGCAUCACAAAAUUAGUAAAUAUUAAAUAUUCCAAAGUUUCGUUACGAAAUGUUGUAAAAUGCGGAUAAUAUAGCCUUGCGAAGUUUUUUUUUGUAUUACGCGGGGGAAAUUGACAGCCCAAUCGGGUGUUGGGGCAUCAAUUUCCCGUUUGUAAUACAAAAUGACUGAAAAUUGCAAAUUUCGCAAGGCUAUAUUAUCCGCAUUUUACAACAUUUCGCAACGAAACUUUGGAAUAUUACUAAUUUUGUGAUGCUCUUUCAAGCUGUGAUGAAAUUCUUGGCUAGAUCAAAAUUUAGUCUAUAAUGCAAAUGGUCCAUUAUUUUGCGAUCAGUCACUACCGAAUUUCGGACUCGUGCAUUUUUUCUCCAAGUCGCACUCAAAACCAUACUAUUACUUAUUUUUCACCCUGCUCGGUUUCCUUUGUUCUUGUCGGGGAAUAUAUUCAAUAUUCCACUCUAAUCAAUUUCCGUUUAAUAAUCCCCUCUAAUAUUCACCUGCAAUUAAUAAUCCCCUCUAAUAUUCACCUGCAAUGUCUUUGCAGCACAAAAAAUGAGAAAAAACAACAUCGCGAAGGCGAUAUGGCAUUGAGAAUUAUUUCUUUUCUGACUCAUUAACGCGACCUCGCAGUGUGAAAAAUAAGUACGUUAUUUUGAGGCACCUCGGGGAUAUGUGUUUAUUCACCUCGGCGCUGCGCGCCUCGGUGAAUAAAUCACAUAUCCCCUCGUUGCCUCAAAAUAACCUAUACUUAUACUAAUGUAAAUUGUAUUCAGGGCCAUCAAUCCUUGGGCGGGGGGGGGGGGGCUUGGUGGUGUGACCCCUCUAAUGUUCGAGAACAGGAAUUUGCUAGGGCAUUUAUCAAAUAUUUAAUAAUUUGUUGGGCAAAAAUACAUUCAUAUAAUGUUGAGUAAGGACAAAAAACCUUAGAAGCCCAGUUUGAGCAACUUUUAAAAAUUGCUAUUCUAAUAUACGUCGGUUUCUGACCAUCAGAAUUCGGUAAAAUCUACCCCCAAAGUGCAUGAAAUGGCGUUUCAUACAGGUAGGUGUAAUAAACGCUCGACUUAAUGCCCAGACACACCGGACGCGAUUCCACAACACAGUUCGAUUUUUACUGUCCGAUGACUUUGAUCCUGGUUUAAGUUUUUCAAAUAUUUAGAAGCGCUAUAACAUUUUGAGUUAUUUGGUUUACGUAUCUUUUAAAAUUUCCUUUCAUUGGCUGUUUUAUUAACUUUCAAAACGAUUUAAACGAAAUUUAAACGCGAUUUAAACGAAAUAUAACUUUAAUUUUGUCAACCCUUGAAACCUUUCUCAAAACAACGAAUACAAAACAUGACUAAACAACUAAACACACGACUUGCGCCCGCAUUCUAUUAGAGUCAAUGUUUUUGUGGAUACUUAAUGUAAACUUAAUGGAAGUUCUUUACAUUCCCCAGGUUGAUUCGUUUAACGCCGGACAUAAAGUUAAUGCUCGCUGUUCGCAUGUUCAUAUGUUCAUAGCUCGUUUUCUUCGAAUUUCUCCGUUUGUACCAGCAUCUCGUCUCACUCUUCGUGGUACGAAUUCUUCAACCUCAGGAUUAAGGUCUCUUAUAGUCGAUUCAACUUUCUUACUCUCGUUUGACGAUGUCAACUCAGUAGGUAUAAGUAGCUGUAACGGUCUUCUCAAGGUAGUGGCGCUUAUCGUUCCUUCUGACCCCAUAACUUUUAUUUCCGCCGCUCUUACCUUACCACCAUCUUUACCGUUAAGGAGCUUAGUAACUUUCUCGCCAAUUUCCAAAAACAUCUUGCCGUUCCUUCUUUCUUCAAAAUAACUACACCAACUGCCAUAUGCAGUUCGUUCUCUUUCGUAAUUCUUACAUUACAUUAUUCAGCUCACUCAUUAUUGGGGCUUUUCAGUGGCCGAUUACAGUACAGUACAUCAAGUAUUAUGCUUAUUUAUGUUACUUACUUAGCUUAGACUAUUUAUCUUUACAACAAUUGUGAUAUUACUUUAAUUCCUAACUGUGUUUAUCCCAACCCACCCUGUCAACUUGCCCUGUGGGAGGAAACCGGAGCGCCCGGAGAAAACCCACGACGUUCGGUAGAGUGUUGACAUGCAGACUCUUUUCGGCAUUCUGGCAUUCUCUCUGAGACUUGUCAAGCACUCAUGUUUCCACUGUUUUGUAAAUUGCCGCAACAAACGUUGGUGAUGUCGUGCACGCUUCGUGAAACCUUCGUAAGUACUACUGUAAUUACCUCGUAAUUCUCCUCGUUUUGACACGCCGUUAUCCUUCUUCCAUACAUCAAGUGUGCUGGUGACAAGGCAUACGAAGUACCAUCUACGUCGUCAUAAGCGUAUACAAUGGACGAGAAUUGACAACAGCUUCCACUUCGAUUAACAAUGUUCUUAGUUCUUCAAAAGUCAGAACAGCGCGACCAUGCAACAACCUUCUCAACACAAUCCUUUGUAAGUUUUGUAAGACGUUCCCAAAAUCCACCCCACCAUGGGGCUUCCUCAACGAUAAACAUCCAUUCGACUCCAACAUUUGUGAUGUGUUCUUGCACUAACGUUGACCUUCCAAUCUUCGUAAUUUCUUUAGCUGACGUUUUGAAGUUCUUUGCGUUAGCCGACAUUAGUAAACGCGGUAGUCCCCUACGCCCUAUAAAACAACGAAAUGCUAGGAGAAAUUUUUCGGCAUAACAAUUUUCUUCUAGUUCUAUAUGAAUACCUCUCCUUGAGGCGCAGGUAAAUAGACAUAAGUAAACCUUUUCCGUUAUUCCCGUAUCCGAUGAAUUUCUUUUUCUAACAUGCAAUGGACCUGUAUAGUCUAUUCCAGUAUUUGUCGUAGGUCACGAGGUUGACCUUCAUCAACUCGACUUUCUGGUGAGCUUGCAUGGUGGAAAAUAAUGCAGAAAUGGUUUUCCACUAUACUUGGUACAUACCACACAACUCCUGACAAAUUUCUUUACGGCUUCUCUUCCACGUGGAAUCCAAUAGGUAUCACGAAUUGCUGUUAACAAUGCAUAGCGAUGCAUUAUUCGGGAAUGUACCUCUUUAAUUAACAAUUCGGUGAAGUGAUGGUUGUUAGGUAAGAACACUGGAUUUACAGUCUCUGAAGGAAGGCUCGAAUUCCCAACUCUUCCUCUACACCGCAAAAUGCCUUGCUCGUCCACGUAUAAAUUGAUCUGUCUUACGUGAUUUGAAGCACAAAUGAUGCUCUUUCUACUUCUCCCCGUGUAACCCAAAUACGUGUGUAGUAGGGAUUGGAUUCUUCACUUGUUCUUGCAAGACUUCUUCCCAUGCCUGUCAAAUGUUGGGAUCCUAGGUAGCGGCACUAGCUGCAAGUGCCUGAAGCUAACUGCAAUCGUUGGUCAGAAAGUCUUAUGCAUGCUUAAGUAAAGUAGAAAAUUCCAAUUUUGCCGAAUACAUUUUGCAAUAUUUAUACCGACCAGAUUUAAUAAGAGUCGUACUCAAGACGAAAAUUCAUCAAAUGAUGUCAUCAAAAACUUAAAAUUUUUGAGAAAAUUUACUUCGAACAGUCAUGUUGGUCAGCUUUCUUGAUUUUCAUUCAUUGAAUAUUAUUACAUUAAGUAUUACUAGUAUUACUGCAUGUAAAACGCUGGACAAUGACAACAAUGAUUUUCAAUUUCAUUUCAAGUUCUUAUAAGAUAAUAAAAAUACAAAUCCGGGCAAAUAUUAAACUAACAAGCGUUGUGUGGUUUGACUAAUUCCCUAUACUGUUUCCGAAUUUUACUCAUCAGCCGACAAUCUUGUCGGCUUGAUAUAUGAAAAUUUUCGAACAAUUGGGUUUGAGCAAAUUAGCGGACACUCGAUUUUGACAAUAUGAAACAUAACUCAAAAAAUUUCUUCGGUGUCCGGUCCCCUGUCGCAAUUUGCAAGCUUCAAGCGAAGAGGGCAAGUUUGGACCACGCAGGGCUAACUGCAAAUCUUUUUUGGCUACCUGCAAAAAAAAACUAAAUAUACAGGCAUGCUUCUUCCUCUUUCAGUGCUUCUCCCUUCGAAAUUUCUUGGUGAAUUACUUCCUUGGACUUUAGAAAUAACCUUUCGCACUUGAGAGGAAUUUCAGUUCCAUUUUCGGAGGUUGAACCUUCCAUUGCUCAUUAACCUAGCUCUUUGCUGACUUGAACAAACUAACAGCUUCAUCUUCAGAAUCAGUUCCAGUUGCUAAAUCAUCAACACGCAUGUAUAGAUCAUUUUCCAACACUUUAGUAACUUCGGGUUCAGUUUCCGAACAGUUCGAAAGAUGACUCUUUGUAGUGGCACGAAGGAUAGCUGGACUGGGCUUCAGUCCAAACACAAGACGGCAGAAACGAUACACUACGUUCUCUUUUAAACAUCGAUCCACACUUUUUAACCAAAGAAAACGUAAGGCAUCUCAUUCUUCUUCCUUUAUUGAAAUCAUGUGGAAAGCCUUCUCGAUAUCGGCAACGAGAGCAUAAGAAUGAGAUCUGAAACGCACCAGAAUGUCAAACAAUGAUGGUACUAUGGUAGUAUGUUUUGUCCUCGUUCAAGGCAUUCAUUAAUCUAUAAUUCUUGUUGGGAUGAUUUAGCAGAACCAUUAAACACUAUACGAACUAUUGUUGUCGACUUAUCACUUUAUUCAAAUUGACUGAUGAUGGCGCUUGUUACAUUUGCGACAGUUAGAUGUUCUUUCACAGUUCGAGGCUCGAUGGCCUAUCUUUAAACACAUAAAACAACGUCGAUCUCGCAUUAAAAUAUCCCUUCGCUUACUAUAACAUCAUUAAUUUUUUUGCAAGAUGGCGAAAAAUGUUGUUUCGAAAGGUUGGCUGUUCGAAUUGUUUAGAAAUGCACCAGUAGCAAUAUCCUUACCCCUCAUAUUUCCUAUUAUCGUGACUGUGCUCAUUUGUUUUCAAUAAAAUAUUAGCUUUACGGGCCUCCAGGCCCUCUACUUCCGCCUUCAGUAUUUCAAUGAUUUAUUUUAAUUCCCACACUAUACUGCUAUUUUUUCGACAUUACAAUGGGUGUAAGUAGACUACCAUAUUGCUGGGCAUUAACUCCUAGUGUCUCAAGCCCUCGUACAUGAAUGGUAAAUUGGACAUCCAUAUGUGCAGCAAUUGUGGUUUGGGGCUAGCUUGCCAAAUCUCUUUCUUAAUAUCUCGACGGCAACGUUAUAGUUGACAUUUGUUGAUGGUAAAUCUUGAAUUGCUCUUGCUGCUUCACCCUCAAGCAGAGAGUUAAAGUAGUUAAACUUAUCUAUGGGCGACAUUUCUUAGUUUUUAUGAACUAACGAUUCCCAAAAUGCACUCCACUUUUUUAUAUCAUCCCUGAAUUUUGGUACUUUAGGAAUUUAGGUAUAACUUUGGCAAUCUUGGUUUAGCUACUUUAAUGUGCUGCAGUUGUGUUGGUGUAUGUUGAUUUGAGCUAUUAUUUCUAACUGUGUGUGAAUUUGUGCUCUCUUGCAUGUUUGAGCUCUCUUGCGUGUUCGUGAUCUCCGUCGUGUUCGUGUUGUCUUGCGUGCUUGUUUCACUAGAAGCCGAUUUCUUGUUUCAAAUCGGCUUCUACGGGCUCUGUAGCCCCAGAAUUAUUCGACAGUAUUUCACUAUUUUGAACACUUGAUAAAGAUUUAGACGAAUUUGAACUAUCAUUAUAACAUUUCCUAAGUAAAUUGUUAAUCUUACGCCUCACCUCGAUAAUCUUCUUAGCAAUCAAUGACGACUCUUUUACCUCAUAUUCAAUGUCUUCUAUUUUUGCCUUGACAAGCACAUUUUCAUCCAACGAUUCCAACAAUUUCCCUUUCGCUUCGAUUAAUCCAGUAAGUAUUUGGUAAACGUUCAUAUUCCUACGAUUCAUUCGAUACAGUUGAACUCUUUCGCAAGUCUCCUCGAUGUGUCCUUCGAACAGCAACAGUCGGUUCCAAACUCAGUUUUGGUAGACAUUUCAUUCGAUUUCACGAUAAUACGACUUUCAAACAUGUCAUGGGGGCCCCACGUUGGGCGCCAUGUAAUAAACGUUAGACUUGUUCAUCAAAAUUUACGGUGAUUUGAACGAGAUAUACCUUUAAUUCUGUUAACCCUUGAAACCUUUCUCAAAACAACGAAUACAAAACGUGACUAAACACACGACGUGGGGCCGCAAUUUAUUAGAGUUAAUGGUUUUUUGUGGAUACUUAAUGUAAUUUUAAUGGAAGUUCUUUACAAUAGACUCUAGACCCCCCCCCUCCCCUAGUGUCCUCCACAUCAUCGUCGCUAGGCCCAUUGGACCAGGUCCCACAUAGGUUUGAGAACGAGAAUGGUGUAUUCGAUGCUACUACCCUACGGAUCCUCAUUAAUGUUUUUGAUUUCCCAGAAUCUUUACAUAUUUUUUCUACGACACCCUUUUUGUCGGCUCCACAUCCCCCUAUAAUGUUUAGACCCAAGUUACGCUUUUGAUUGUAUCAGCUAUAAAGUUUCAUUUGAAAAGGUGAAAAACCAUAUGAUGUGAAAAUCCCAUAAUUAACCCGUGAUCAUUAUUAUAUAUUUUGUGUUUUUCAGGAAAUGUUUUUCUUAAACAUGGUUCAGAACUAAGGCUAAUACCAAGAGACAGAGUGGGCAGUACAUAA